AUGGAGCCCCCAACCACGAUAUCGACGACGACUACGGCGAAGAUUACGGCGGAGGAGCAUGACUUGCAGAAACGUCAGCCGCCGUCGCCUCCCCCUCCCCCUCCAGUUAAGUCUAUCCUCCAAUGGUGGCGGAGAUGGACGGUGCUGGUGGCGGUAAUCUGGAUUCAAGCAUUCACGGGGACCAACUUCGACUUCUCCGCCUACUCUUCCGACAUGAAAUCGUCCAUGGGGGUUUCUCAAUCGCGGCUCAAUUACAUGGCGGUGGCUUCCGAUUUGGGUAAAGCUCUGGGUUGGUCUUCGGGUUUCGCCAUUGCGUAUUUCCCCGUCUCCGCCGUGCUGUUCGCCGCCGCCGCAAUGGGACUCGUCGGUUACGUUGUCGCUGGAUUAAGCAUCUGCUGGUUCAACACCGUCUGCUUCAUCCUCUGCUUUCGUCACUUCGAAUCCAACCAUUCGCUCGCUUUGUCUCUCGUCCUGAGUUUCAACGGGAUCAGUGCUGCGUUGUACACGCUUGGACACGAAGUAAUCAGUGGGAAAUCAUCAGCAAGCUCUGACAUUUACCUUCUCCUUAACUCUCUAAUCCCUUUGAUCGUCUCUGUUUUAGCUCUUUGGCCUGUCCUUACCAACCCCAACUCCUCUGAAUCCGACACUAACCGAACCCAAGACGAAACCCGAAUCUUCAUCGUCUUCAAUGUCUUAGCUUUGAUCACAUGCUUUUACCUUCUCUUGCCUUCAACAAACACCUACUUAGCUUCAUCACCUCGUUGGCAUUUCCUCGGAGCCAUUUUCCUUCUCCUUUUCCCAUUGUGCGUCCCGUUUCUCGACUAUAUUCACAGAGCUCUCGAGUCUUGUUUCCGCCGUCGCAGCUCUGGCUACGCAGUGGUAAACGUAGAGGAGCCCAAAAUCCUCAAAAGUAACGAGGAGGAAGAAUGUGAUGAUGAUGAUGAUAGAGUAGUGAGACUAGGAGAUGAACAUUCUCUCCAAAUGCUGGUUCGUAGCCUUGAGUUUUGGCUAUACUACUUUGCUUAUUUCUGCGGCGGAACCAUCGGUCUUGUCUACAGCAACAACCUGGGACAGAUUGCUCAGUCUCUAGGACAAAACAGCUCAAAGGCUAAAUCCUUAGUGACACUCUUCUCAGCCUUCUCCUUUUUGGGAAGAUUGCUCUCCUCUGCACCUGACUUCACACGCAAGAAGCUAGACUACUUGACCAGAACAGGCUGGUUCACCAUUUCGCUACUGCCAACGCCUUUGGCCUUCUUCAUCCUCGCUUACUCAUCCAAGACGUACCAGACCGCGCUGUUGCAAGUUGCGACCGCACUGAUCGGAUUAAGCUCGGGGUUCGUUUUCGCGGCUGCGGUUUCGAUAACAUCCGACCUCUUUGGACGUAGCAGUGUAGGUGUUAACCAGAACAUCCUCAUCACAAACGUUCCCAUCGGAUCGCUCUUCUACGGCUACAUGGCUGGGUCUGUCUACGACACCCAUGCCAGCCACAGCACCAAAUCCGUCGUCUCGGACUCGGUUGUUUGCGUUGGAAGUAGUUGUUAUUUCGCCACGUUUUUGUUUUGGGCUUGUUUGUCUGUUUUGGGAUUCGUUUGUAGCUUGUUAUUGUCCAUUAGAACCAGAACGGUUUAUCACCGGUUAGAACAAAACCGAAUCUAA